AUGACACAUCUUCUGCCUCCCAAUUUGCUGAAGCUCUUUGCGCCACGCCCCCCUUACCGUAUGUCAGACCAGUCGACGGUUGCUGGGGUUGCGGAACUACUGGCUGAAAUCCAAGCUAACAAUGCUGUGAUUGAUUCGGAACGAGGUGCCAGGCAAGAGGCGAAAAGGAAAAAGCGGGAGGAAGAGAAAGGAAAUAAGAUGGAAGAAGGCGAGGAGGGGGAGGCCGCCGCUGACUCGGAUGACGAAGAAUCGAAGUUCACGUAUGCUGAAGAAGUUAAAAGACAGAUUCGGAGGGAGGAAAAGACUAAGCAGAAAAAGGAGGCCUUUGAGAAGUCUACGGAGGCUUAUAAACCAUCUGCAAACCCCAAUGCGGCAGGAGAUCCGUACAAAACUCUUUUUAUCGCUCGUCUCUCUAAAAACGCACAGGAAUCCGAUUUACGAAGGGAGUUCGAACUCUAUGGACCCAUUGAACAUCUUACUAUUGUUAAGGACACUAAGGGCCGCAGUCGUGGAUAUGCAUUUAUUGUAUAUGAACGGGAGAAAGAUAUGAAAGCCGCAUACAAGGAUGCUGAGGGAGUGAUGAUUCUCGGGAAACGCAUCCUCGUGGAUGUUGAACGUGGGCGGACUGUCAGGGGCUGGAAGCCGCGUCGUCUAGGUGGCGGGCUUGGGGGACGACCUAAACCUCAGGUGGCAGCAGAACCGCCUCCUAGUCAUGGUGGUCGCGGUGGUUCUCGAGGAGGAAGAGGUGGCAUUGGUGAUCGUGGUGGUCUCAGGGGUCGCGGUGGAGGAUUUGGCGACAGAGGGUUUAGGGGUGGCUAUGGAGGUGGCGGCGGUGAUCGCGGCGGGUAUGGAGGUGGCUCUGGCCCAGGUAUGUGUUGUGGUUCUGACGAAUUAUGGAAGCGCUCAGCAUUGUCGGACAACAGGUUACGACCCUGACCGAGGUAUGCUCAGCCCUUUCUAAGGAAUGUACUGAUUCCUGACAUCGUUGUUUUGAGGCUAUGGAGACCGCGGCGGUUCUCGAGGUAAUUCAUGCCAAUUCUUGCAGGGGCAACAUCUUAACCUCGCUUGACCUUAAGGAGGCUUUGGCGACAGGGGCGGCGGUCCUGGGGGUAACUGACCCGCUUUUAUCGUAACACAACUUGAUUUCUCACUAGUUUUUCAGGCUUUGGCGAUCGUGGAGG